AUAACUCCUAAUUUGCUUUUCUAUGUGAAUUGAAGAUUGAUUCACUAACUGAUUAAUAAAUAAUAAGUAUAAAUAAAACACAAAAUACAUCAUUGCAUAUUUGCAUCAAAGCACAAACAAUACUCAAAUCAAUUAUCAAUAGACACUCAACAGUCAACAUACUCCACUCAACAAAUCAACAGACAACAAUUCAACAGUCAACAAAGGGUUUGCAACAAAAAGAAUUCAACAUUCUACCAAAAAAAUUCGAGUAUUCAACUCACCCACGCAGCUUGCUCGGCCUCGAUUGCCCCUGACUUCGCACAAUCUCACCAGUUCGCACACGGUCCACCAUUCACAACUGCUCGCACAGUCGCACUCGUACUUCCCACCCAUUUCGUUCGUAGGCGCCGCGGCUACUACUUCUGCUUGGAAUGGAAAUAUGGAAUUGGAAGGAAGGGUUUGCACUUCGUCUUUGCUUGCUGCCGGUUUCAAAUGUUGGGGAAUAGGGAUUUGGAGUUUGGGUUGGGGGGAAAUUAAUACCAUGGAUGCCGGACCAAUGAUUUCCUCUAUUGGGCCAAAAUUUUUUUUUUUUUUAAACAAAAAAGGCCCAGGUCACCAGCCCAAGCCCCGAUGAUAAGAAAAUGGAAAUCUUCUUCUUUCUUCCCCUUCAACCUUUGUCUUAGCAUUCUGCAACUUAGCAACUACCUGCGCCUGCAACCUGGCGAUCUCGGCGGCAACUGAAGGUCCCGGGCGGAUCUAGCACGCGUGGCCGCGGGUGCUGGAUCCGCCACUGUUUGGAUGCAUACGGCAAUUAUUUGACAUGUUGGAGCCUCUCUUUUAACUGAAGCCAUAUAACCUGCCAAUCCCCAAAAUAAUUCUCUCUUAAAGUCUGUGGUUAACAUUCACAGAAUCUGGUGACAGGCUUCAUUUUAUCAAAAUCAAAUAUAGAAAAGUCUUACCUUCUAUUCACACUUGUAUUACAAUGUAUGAUUCACAAUCUGUAAUCUUGCCAUGCACAAUAACUUUUUCGAGGCAUUAUUAUAAACACAGUAAGAGUUAGGAACUAUUAUUGUUUCAGUUACUUUUGAAGUUCUCUUUGAUGACUCUCAUAGUAAAAAAUGAAAGAAGUGUAAGCACAAUUGUUCUUUUGAAGAAAGGUAAAUUGGCGGUUUUUUGCUUUCCAUUUUCUUAUCCAAAUUUAAAUUUCUAUUUGGAACAGGUUUUGGUUGAACCUGGAACACCACAAGGAUCAAAUAUCAUAUCUCAAAUGCGAUCACAUAUCUUAUGGAUGGAGAAGAGGAGAAGCCGUAAAUUAAAAAAUGCAGCUAAUAAGGCCUCUAAUGAUUUGAUGACACGCAAAACUGGUGCGUUUGUAGUUGCUCCGUGUCCUCAUGAUGGAGCUCGCCCGCUGCAGAACACAGACAAGUACUGUCAUUUUGUUCAACGCUUGAGAGGACAUCAUCACAGCGAGCAUACAAGCAAUCCAAGGAUAAUUCUUUACGUGGCUUUGAAAAUGAAAAGUUCUCUUACAUUGUUUUGAGACGAGGAACACGCCCAAGAGGACCUUGGCCACUUGAUGGUACGAAGUUUCAACAUUGAAGGAGAUACAUGCUAAAAGAAUACCAGAAGAUCUGGACAUUGACACUG